AUGGCCACCCUGCAGCUGGCAGUCUGCAUUCAGGAACCGAGGUCGCUGGACAUCGGGAGCCUCGCGGGUCGGGCCAACAUCAUUGUCGGUGGUAAGCCCUUCCUAGAGGAAGAGAAGGAGGGAGGAAAUAAAGGGGACGUUGAGGUUGUAAGAGAGGGAAAAGUGGUCGGGGUGAAGGACGGGGACGUCAACAUUGGAAAAGAUGGGAGCGUCACGAUCACAGAAGACGAUGAGGCCGACGAGGCCGCUUCCGAUGGUGAGGAGGAAGAGGCCGACGAGACGGCGGUCGAGGGCAGAGAGAAAGCUGCAGCCAAGGCUGAGGAAGUCGAAGCGGUCAAGGAGUCGGAAAAGUUCAAGAAUAACGCCGGCAUCACCAUCGACCCGAACCGCGGCGUGACCAACAUCGGCGGGAACCUCGGCAUCACAAAGGGCUCCGACAGCAGCCAGUCUAUCGGCGGGAAGAGUGGCAUCAACAUCGGAGCUCCUGCGAAAAAGGCCAGCAAAGAGGCCGCCACUGAGAAGGCAUCCGAGGCAGCGGAUGAUGAGGAAGACGAAUAG